AUGGCAAAGAUGACACCAGCAAAAAGCCCUAUGCCGAAAAGUCCUAUGCCAAAAAGUCCUAUGGUAUGUGAGAAGUACGAGACAGGCUGUAUGUGGCAUUUAUAUGGCCUCUUCAACUUCCGUCAAGGUCAUUCUAAUAAGAAGCGGCUUUCACAUAAGAGGCAUACAAACAGACUGGAUGAUGGAAAUUUUAAGACCAAGCUUGAUUUGCUUAACAAAAUGGACGAGAAGGGCCAAAGCAUGGAUGAUAGAAUGAAGAACAAAACUCAGACAGUUGAUUCUGAUGUGGCAAGUAAAAGAAAGCUUAAGGGAGAAGACUUGUCCACUGAGCCGCAGACGAACAAGAAGUUUGCUACUGAUGAAGGGGAAGAUAUACCAUCUAAUUCCAAAUUUGUUGGUCAUUUACCAAAAAACAAUGGAAAGACUAGCAAAACUCGUCAGAGAUCCCAUGAAGCUAAGCAUCGAAAACAUUCUAAUUCAGUUUUGGUGGAAGAACCUUUGAAUAAGCUCAACUCUGCAGCACUGCCAGAAGUAUCUAGCAAAGAGGUACAUAGCAAAAACCGACGAGGAUGCGGUUGUACAAGUAUUGAUACCGUGAAGCAUGACCAGCUUAAUGAGAUUAAUCUUGUGCCAGUACAGCUGAAUGCAGCUGAGGCCAUCAUAAAUCAGAAAUUCGUUGAUGGGGUGAACCACCAGUCUAAACAAUUAUUAGAUGCAUUGGAAAUUUUGAAUUCGAAUAAAGAGUUAUUUCGAAAACUCCUACAAGACCCAAAUUCUCUGCUAGUCAAACACAUUGAAGACCUCCGAGACUCUCAGUCAAGAACACAUCAGAGUAAAUCUCCCUGUGAAGCCAACAUCUCAGAAUAUCGGACAAGCAAAGCAAGGCAAUCUGAAGGUCCUUCCAGUAUUCACACGUUGAAAUCCUGUGAUAUUUACCCGUCACAGGAAAAUGGUGAGUCCGAGUUUCCAGAGAGAAUAAUAGUUUUAAAACCUGGCCCACCGAGCAUGGAAAUUUCUUCAGAGAGUAUCAAUACCUCUAUGCAAAGCUUGAGAAAUAAUGGGCAGAGUGACACACCUGCAAAUUCUUCCUUUAGCCGUAUAAAGAGGAAACUGAGACAUGCUAUAUCGGAAAGCAGAAAGGAGCAGCACUCCAAGUCAAUCGAUGGUACACUAAAUACAUCUCCCUGCCAAAGCACAGGAGAUGAUUGUAAAGGAAAGGGUAUGAAGAUCAUUAGAAGCAAUUCACCUAGUGUUGAUGGUGGAGGAGUGACCAAGUCUUCUCUUGAUAUCAAGAAAAAAGAAAACAUAGGCAAGGUGAAACAAUGUGAAUCAAGUAUUGGACGCGAAGCUGCAUCAACCAGUGGAAGUGGUCUUGGAAACUCAAACAUUUCGCUUGUUAGCCAACCCAAGCAAGAGGAAUCUGAAACUUCUGUGGAGGCUGGGAAACAUCUCUCAGAAUUGUUAAACAAUGGGAACAAGGAGAAGAGCUACUUUGAAAGGCAGGCACAAAAAACAUGGGGAAGUGUGAUGUCAUUUCCUGAGUAUGACUUCUUGCCUACAUGUAAUCCGGUAAGGGACUGGGAAAAUAGGUUUCUUAAUGAGCAAAUGACAUUUUCACCCUACAGCAAUUGCCAAAUGGUAUAUGAGAACAAGUGGAGGCUUCAUAAAGAAAAGAAAGCCAGCUACUCAAGUCCAUUGAGGCAGGACGUAGAGGUCCUGCCUGACAAUAAGAAACUUGAUGAUCAGUUGCAAGUUUUUGAUACACGGCAAAAUAACUCAGAUUAUCCUUUUACUGACAUCACUGUGCAGGGAGAUAUUUCAAGCCCUAAAGGCUGUGUUCAAAUUGUAGAGAAUGAUAACACCUUGCACCAAGGAGAAACUAGUUCUUUAGAAGUGCCUUCCGAAUCUGAAGGCGCAGACAAAUUUGAUACCAUAAAAGCUAACAAUACUAUCCGCCCAGGAGAAACUAAUUAUUUGGAAGUUCUAUCCAAACCAGAUUGCACGGAGAAGACCAAUACCACAGAGACUAAUGAUACUUGCCAAGGAGAAACUCAGCAUUCCGAAAUACUGACUGAACUAGACAGCACAGACAAGGCUCUUGAUCAGAGUUCAGAAACAACCAACAUGUACGAGGAAGAGGAGUAUUUUAAGAGAUCCAGACAGCCAUUAACAUCUUCACCGGAUGUUUUUCAUUCAAGCCCUUCAAGUAUUCAGAGAGUGGAAGAUUUUGAUUGCAUCGAAGAUAAAGGAGAACAGCCAAGUCCAGUUUCUGUACUUGAGCAGUUUUUUGUAGAUGCCACCAGUUAUGCAAGCACCAUAUCUGAACCUGCUGAAGAGCACCAUUCUGCUCUUCUUGUGAAGUCCCCUUUGGAACCCGAAACCUCUUCUUUGAAUGAACAUGAAUAUAUCUCUGAGUACGUGAUGGCCGUGCUGCAAGCUUCUGGCUUGAAUUGGGAUGAGCUCUCGAUGAUGUGUCAAUCAUCUGAUCGACUGCUUGAUCCAUUCUUGUUUGAUGCAGUAAAGUUGCAGCCUAACCAAUUCCAUGGUGAUUGUAUGCUCCUCUUUGACUGUAUAAAUGAAGUCCUUGUCGAGGUAUAUCAUACUCAUCUUCCAUGCUCCCCUUGGGUGUCAUUUAUCAAGCCAAAUGCCAGAAGAAAACUUUGCAUUGAGAAAACUGUGAUUCAUGAAGUGAUGAAGUCUGUGCAUCCAUCACCACAUACGAUGCAGCAAAUUGUUGAAAAGGACAUAGCACAGUCUGGAAUGUGGCUGGAUAUCCGAAAUGAUGUUGAGGAGACUGUUUUUGAGAUGCUGUGCUUUGGUCUGCAUUGGACCAAGGAAAUCGGGGCAAGCUUGGGUAGGUUAGACCAACUGUUUUUAAGUCACUUAAGAAACGUAUUUGGACAAUUUGAACAAAUCAUGCAAACACAAGGUUGCAAACACAAGGUGACUACAUGGGGAGCUGGUAUCAGGAAGCUUCUUGCAGAUGUGCAUAAGAUCGUCAUGGGGUACCCUUGGAUCAAUUUGAGCAACCAAUUUUGCAGUAGUAAUGGGAGAGAUCCACGGGGUUCUGAGGGUUCAUCUGCAAUUGCAUUUCCAGUGAUUAAUAGAAUGACCACCAUCUCCACAACUGAGGCACCCUUCAACUCCAUCAUCAAAGUUUUACUUGUUCAAGGAUGGGGAAGGUUAUCAAAAGAUGAAGACUUGGAGCUGGAUACACAGCUUAACCUUAUCGAUAAACUUCCAAUCAAGAAUUGCAUUGGUAUCUACAAACAACUUGCUUUCGAUCAUCCUCUGCACAAGAAUCAUACAAUCCAGAUAAAACCUACGAAGGUGCCAAGAGGGAAUGGAAACGAAGAAUUGAAAACGUUUAAAUAUUCACAAUAUGUGCCUAGGAACCUACAUUGCCCACAAGGAUCAGUGCCCAUGAGAAGGGCAACAAAGGAAGAUAUAAUAAUGGCAAAAAAUAUGAAGUCUUUGGGACUAAACUACCCAAUUACUAAAACUCACAGGCGCAGCUCCAAUAAGAUUGACAUAAAGGGCCAUCAUGCUGCAAUGCUAGAGUAUAGAAACUCAAUUUAUGGAGGCAGAGGAGGCAUUAAUAUUUGGAACCCUAGUGUUCCACAAACUCAAUUUAGCCUUUCAAGUAUGGCUCUCGCAAAUUGGUCUAGGGAGCAGAAUAACACUAUACAAGCUGGUUGGAUAGCAGAUGGUUACCAAAAGGCUGGUUGUUUCAAUAUUCUAUGUCCAGGAUUUUUGCAAGUUAGCUCUGAUAUACCCCUUGGCCUCAAGCUACCAACUUCUACUUACAGGGGUAAACAAUAUGAUAUGCUGCUCAGUUUACAUCAGGUUAAUCUAAUUUCCGCUUACAUAGGUGAACAAUAUGAUAUGCUUCUCAGUUUACAUAAGGAUCGUGCAACAGGGAAUUGGUGGUUCAUUUUUGAAGACAAAUACAUUGGCUACUGGCCAAAAGCAAAUAUUCAUCAGCUUAAAACAAGGGGCGUCUUGUAUUUCAUGGGGAGGAGAGGUUUACAGCCAACCAACAGACCUAAGCCCUGCCGUGCCACGGGAAGUGGCCAUUUUCCACAAGAGGGUUAUGAGAAGUCUGCCUAUAUCACUCAGAUCAUAGUAGUUAGUUAUCAAUGA